AUGGAAACUUUGCGCUCGGUAUAUAUCUUCCAUAUCAAAAUCCCAACUCAACCUCUCACUCGUUUCUUCGCACAACUUCGCACACUGAAUGAGUUAGAUAUGGACUAUGACAAUGAUUCGACAGUGAACAAACUGCCGGACGGGACAUGGCCUAUAUCAGAGCAUCUGCAGCAUCUCGCUUCGAUACGCAUCAAUAUGGGUCCAAAUUGGCUCGAUGAAGGUUGUAUAUCUGGGCUGGGGAGUUUUUUCGAGAGUCUAUCUACCAGAUGCCUCCAGUACGUCACGCUCGAAAUCCGCUUCUCUCAUCUGCGUGGUGAGAAACAAAAUCAAGAUAUCGGCGAAUGGGUGAACAUCGAUAAAGCUCUGUCUCGAAAGAUGUUCCAGUCCAUUCAAAAGGUGCGAGUGGAAUGGACGGGCAAGAUUCAUGGGAAAGUCGAUGGACUAGAAGUCUGUCGACAAAUCGAGGCAAAAUUUCCAGCUUUGCAGAAGUGUGGAUGUCUGGAAGUGCGAGUGCUGAGUUUCGACGAGUGGGCUCCCGGAUUUGGUGACCGGGCAAAGUAG